AUGUCCAUAAAGAAUUUUGAAUCUACCCACACCUGCGGUCAACAUGGAGCAAAUGCUGACAACUCAAGGGCAUCAAGGAAGUUCAUUGCUAGCCAAAUACAAAUUGUUUUGAAGGCUAGGCAAGAUCUUCGUGUAGUUGAUAUCAAGAACGACAUGCUCUCUAAUUUUGGCAUCAAGAUUAACUACAGUAAAGCAUGGUAUGAAUCCAUGGUGCAUGCAACUAAUACUGGGAGUCGUGUUGUUAUUGAUGCUGAUGAUAGGAGGUUCAGGCGAUUGUUCAUUAGUUAUAAUGCAUGUAUUGAAGGGUUCAUUGCUGGGUGUAGGCCUCUAUUGUUUUUAGAUGGAACAUUUAUUAAAGAUCGUUACAAAAGCAUACUACUUAGUGCCACUGGGUAUGACGGCAACCAGGGAAUAUUUCCCUUUGCUUAUUACGUAUGCGACCAAGAGAAUGAGGUUAACUGGAAAUGGUUCUUACAAGGAUUAUGGACGUUACUGUAUGAUAGGAAAAAUCCUUACCAACCUUCACAUCGACUGGUAAUGAUUUCCGACGCCGACAAGGGUAUUAGGGCAGCAGUCGAGGAAUUCUUUCCAGACGCAUUCCAUUCAAGGUGUGCUCUGCAUCUAGUCGAGAAUUUCAAAAAGAAGAUGAAGGAUUUUGGGCACAAGGCAAAUGUCGCGACUACGUUGGGUGAGCUGUUACAAUCAGUGGCUUAUAAGUUCACAAUAUCUGAAUGA